CACAAGCGCUCGGUCCACCGGAGAGAAAAGAGCCGAAGGAGCGCACAGAGCACCGUCCGUCACUGCGCACUGCUCCAAAAAAUAUGAGCCGCCGCUGCGCUUCAGCCAACAGGACAACAAGCUCACUGCGACUAAUUCCAGCUGAAACCUCUGACCAUCGCUGCCUGUGGUCCUAAUUCUACUACUCUCCUCUCCAUUCUCUGCCUCUGUCUCUCUGCCUGUGCGCUGGAUCUUUCGUGCCAGAAAAUGUGUGUGGAGAGCGAUGGAUGUGAGAUUGAGGGCUGCAGCAGUUCGGAUGAGGUGCGCACACUGUCGGGCAGCAUGAGUCCUGGACUGAAAUCCAACCCGGACCUUCACCCCUGCAAGCCGGGCCAGAAAUUCCGCGCCGCGCUGCUCAGAUGCCGCUCACCGGCUGCUGCCGCCGGGAUCCUCAGCUUUGGGAACGUCCUCAAUUACAUGGAUAGAUACACCGUAGCCGGUGUUCUGCUUGACAUCCAGCGGCAUUACGAAGUAACUGACAGUGGAAUCGGCUUAUUACAAACAGUCUUCAUCUGUAGCUUCAUGGUGGCAGCUCCCAUCUUUGGUUACCUGGGCGACCGCUUCAACAGAAAGGUCAUCCUGAGCUGUGGCAUUUUCUUUUGGUCCAUUGUUACUCUGCUGAGCUCCUUCAUCAGUAAAGAGUACUACUGGCUGUUUGUGCUCUCCAGAGGACUGGUGGGCAUCGGAGAGUCCAGCUACUCCUCCAUCUCUCCCACCAUCAUAGGAGACCUGUUCACUAAUAACAGUCGCACCAUGAUGCUCUCUGUCUUCUACCUGGCCAUCCCCCUGGGAAGUGGGCUGGGUUACAUCCUGGGCGCCAGUGCCAAGGUGGCUGCAGGAGACUGGCACUGGGCACUAAGGGUGUCCCCGCUUUUAGGGAUCACAGCCGGAGCUCUGAUCCUUUUCUUUGUGCCUGAGCCGAAGAGAGGCAGUGCUGACCAGAUGGGAGGACGCAUCAAAACCCGCACCUCCUGGGUCUGUGACAUGAAAGCACUUGCCAAGAAUCGAAGCUACGUGUUCUCUUCCUUGGCGUCGGCGGCUGUGUCCUUUGCCACGGGUGCGUUUGGUAUGUGGAUUCCUCUGUACCUGGCCAGAGCCCAGGUGGUGCAGAAGACGGCAGAGGCCUGCACAAAGGAGAUCUGCAACAGCACAGACAGCAUGAUCUUCGGGGCGAUCACCUGUGUGACGGGGCUGCUGGGUGUGCUAAUAGGAGCUGUCACCACACGACUCUGUCGCCAGAAGACCGAGCGAGCUGACCCACUGGUGUGCGCCGUCAGCAUGCUGGGCUCUGCCAUCUUCAUCUGCCUCAUCUUUGUGGUGGCCAAGAAGAGCAUUGUUGGAGCUUAUGUUUGCAUCUUUAUCGGAGAGACGCUUCUUUUCCUGAACUGGGCCAUCACAGCAGACAUUUUAAUGUUUGUUGUUAUUCCCACCCGGAGGGCAACGGCGGUCGCCUUUCAGAGCUUCACCUCUCAUCUCCUGGGCGAUGCUGGAAGUCCGUAUCUGAUAGGCCUGAUCUCCGAUGCCCUUCAGCAGAGCUACGCUACGUCAGCACUAUGGCGGUUCCUCAGCCUGGGCUAUGCCCUCAUGCUAUGUCCCUUCAUCAUCGUGCUGGGGGGCAUGUUUUUCCUGGCCACGGCGCUGUUUUUCUUGGAUGACAGGGAGAAGGCCGAGAAACAGCUGAGCCAGCUGACACGAUCAACCUCCGCAGUCAAAGUAUGACCAGGUGACAAGCAAAUGAGGAGCCUUUUGAAGGCAUAACCAACCUCAACACGGAUGACAAAAUGGUGAUUAGAAAGCAAGGGCAGCUUCUUUAAAACCAUGCUCAUGUCCUCAUCCCCUGUCAUCACCACCAUGAUCAUCCUCCUGCUCUUUGGCUCCUGCUGCUCUUCCUUUUUACACUCUGGUGGAGGCUGCUCAGAACUGAAAUUAGGGAGCGUCUUGCCCCUCCUUGAAGCACCUCUAAAUCACAGGCUGGUGAGGAGGUGCUCAACUGUGUGCUGGAGCAGCCUUCAGACAGAGAGUGUCCUCCUCACCUCUGUCUGCAAGUAUCCACUGAACCUUCCAGGGAGGAGGUGGGGUGGACAAAUCCACCACGACCCCUUUGACUCCUGAUGCCAUACUACUGAAUGCUGACCAUGAACCUGCCCUGUCUGUCUGCCUGUCUGUCUCUUAUGUGUCUGUCUGUCUGUUACAUCAGCUGUCAAUCUGCACCAAGUGCCAUAGCAUCAUUACAUUCCUUCAGACUUUGCACUGACCACCAACGACCCUCAUGACUUCAUCACUGGCUAUGUUUACAUGCACUCUGCAGUUGCUCUUUCAGAUUAGGAAUAAUUCAGCUGUGUGUUUGUAUAUACAGUAUCACUUGUAAAAUGCAGCCUAAAGCUUUAGCAGUGUCUCUGUUCUUAGUCUGCAACGUUCCACAAUUCAUUCUGCCCCAGCUUUCUGCACUUGGAGCCUAUAAACAGACAGAAGCUGUAAAAUUCAAGUUAUGUGGAGCAAGUGAUACAACAGCAGCAAAAUGUGCUGGAGGCUCAGACUCUUGUUUAUUGGUUCAAAGAUACUUUGAAUAUUGUGACUAAUAGCAGAUCACUCCACACAACUUAAUAUAUUUAACAACAUAAACUUUGAGCACAAAAGCAAUGUUUACCAGAUAAAUCCAGAACUGUCAUAUUCAAAUUUUGCUGUGCAUGUAAACAUAGUACCAAGAGCCAAAAAAGCAUUACUGUUCAAAGGUCAGUGAAUCAGCCUUAAGAAUUGGAACUUUCACAUCUACAGAUGUUUUCUUUGACCCCGUAUGUGUUUUUAUGUUUAGCUUUUAGCACUUAAAUCCGUGUAGACAGUGCCAGAGAACAAGACAGAGAUUUCUGCACAUUAUUUUUCACAAGGAUUCUUGUGAUUUUUAGUUUUUUUCUGUGUAUGUUGGAUUUGAAACUGGAGGUCGCUGCCUAUGAUUGUUUCAUGAUGAUUCAAUCAGGGUGCUUUAAAGUGGACACUGGAUUAUGUAUUUUAUAAUUUAUUAUAUACAUGCUUUUCCCAAAAGUAAUUGAUGUGCCACUCUUUUGACUUUAAAGGAGUUGUGCCUGUGUUUUUUGUGUACAUAAGAAGCAAUACAAAACCUUUAGAGGAAACCAACCAUUUUUUAGUCCACACUGCCUUAUCAGUGAGCUGGGUUUCCCUUUAAAGGAGCAGCUCUCUGAUGGUUGGUUUUGAAUUUCUGCACACAACACCCACACAGAGACGGAGUCACUUUUAAUGAUGGAUUCCAGUCCGGUCCUCAGUGGCUACAAUAACAGGCUUUGUGAAAGAGACCUUUCCCCUUCGCAAUUGUAGAUAUUCCAUUUCAUGAUUAGAAGAAAGGACCUUUGAAAGGAGCCAGAGACACAGUUUAUUAGUAGGGGGAAUUGGAAUCCCAGACAGGAGAGGAAAUCCUUCAGCCUCAGGUCCGACUGAUGGUUUAGCUCUUACCCUGAUGAGCGAGGAAUCUAGCUUUGAUAUCAGCAUGUCCUCAGACGUCAGUGCGACAGCUGAAAAACAGCCGCCUCCGACACCUGCACCACAAAAUGACAUAGAGAUUUACAUAAAAGUACACAACAGACAAUAAACAAGGAUGUGGACUCAUCACUCUAUGCAUUAAUUAGAGUACCAUAUUGUAAUUAUGCAAAUUAAAUGCAGUCUCCAACAAACAAGAAAAGAAGUCAGCGAGGAAAGCUAUGGCUGGUUGUUUGUACACACAAAGAUUUAGUCAUUAGAAGCCUCUGUGAAGGAUCCUUUCUGUAGAAUAUUACCCGGUGAAUACUGAAACCUUGAAGCCACUAAUGGAUUCAAAGGUUUUAAAGCUUGUGCAUAAAGGGAAGAAAAGCACUUUGCAGACCUCCAAGAAAACACAGGAGGGGGAGGAGGAUGGACUGACCUUAGCAGAGGAAUAAAAGGGGACGUUGAGGUGGUUCUUGUAGCAUUGAUGUGUGAGCAUGACUCACUGACUGUGUGUGGGGUGCUGUGUGGGCUGUGUCCUUGCUGCCAGAUCAUUAGCUUUAGCUUCUCUCCAACUGUGUGGAGCUCUCUGAAUGUGAUUCUGUCCAACCUGACGUGUUUACACACCUUCAUCUUCUUAAUGAACUAAGCUUCUUACCUUCCUUUUUCGAUAUUACUUUCAUUUUUUAUUGUUACCAAAUGAGUUUUUAAAUAACUACAGUAGAUAUAUAUAUAUAGCUAUAUCAUGCAGCAACUUUAAUAUAUUGUAAAUGAUGGCUUGGAUGCAAUGUAUUUAUUUGUUUGUUACCAUAAUGAAGAAUAAUCUAUAAAGGGAAGUUUAAGGUUUGAGUAUAUUACACUUUGUUGUGUGUCAUUGGCUUUUAAAAAUGCCUAUUUGUUCACCUUUUUGUAUCACAAUGAAACAACACAAAACCUUUUUACAUCACUAAGAUUCAUCUUGUUUACUGUGAUCAUGAAAUGGACGUCUCACACAUAUACACGAAAAGAAACAAGCAAUGUGAGGGAUUUACUGGUCUCAUUGUAAGGAUGCAAUAUGUUUGCAUUCAUGUUUGUAGCUCUUGUGUUUUUCUUUUCUUUUUUUUAGAACAACUGAUCAAACCAUUUUGCACACUUAAUGUUCAGGGAUUUAUUUGAACCACAGCCUAGCAUCAGCUUACAGAGCCUCUGUUACUGAACUCUGUCACUUCAUGCUCACAGUAAGUGCUGACAUAUCGUCACCUGUCAUCAGAGAGGAUGUUGGCUCUGGUCAGAUGGGUCAUGAAUCGAGUAUCACUUUGCCAAAACUAAGUUGAUUUAGCACCAAUCCUUUAGUUUGUUGUAUCGAGUAAUUCUGUGUUAAUAAUCACUGAAGUGAUGUAUUGAGAAUGUGCUAUUUCUUGUCAUACAAGAAUCUUGUAUAAAGAAACCUAUUUCUGAUGUUGAACAGAAAACAGAGGUUAUUUUUAUUUUUAGAGCAAGUCAGUACAAAAUAAGUGUCAGAGAAAUCAAAGGAUAUUAUUCUAGAACUGAACUGUGAUGCUCCUAUGGGGGGUUGAUAGAAAAUGUACAUGUCUGUAAAUCAAAUAAACCUAUUUAAUCACUCCA